CUCUGCAUGUUCUGACGAUUGAAAGUGAACACGUUUUACCCCUUUCUUAGCUAAAACGGUUGGCUGGUGGUGAAUAGUCAAGCGGCAUCCUUUUUCAUCCAUAUUAUAAAGUCUUUCAGGGUGAUUAAUUAUAUCAAGAUCAUCAUACAUUUUCCCUAUUUUUGAAAAAUGAUCAUCAAUUAUAAAUUUAUUAAGUUUUUGAGCCCUAGCUGGAUUCAUAAACUGUGCUUUUCUUUUAGAAAUUACAGGAUUUCUCUUCAUAAAAGCCUUUAGCCAGUCUUUACCAGCAAGUUUUGAAGUUGUAUUAAAUUGAUGAGCAAUUUUAUUAUCUUCGCAGAAUCUGAAUACCAAUCGACGAAGGAUCCGUGGAGUCACAGACUUGGCGCCAUGGAUAGUCUCCAUGUAACAUCCCCGCAACCUGCUGCCAGUAGCAAAACCUCCAGCAGGAGCACCUCACCGGCAAGGCACAAAGGCAAUCCGGAAGGAAAUGGCUCUCAGGAGAAACCCUUUCAUCCGCAACACGUGAAAACGUUGAGUCAUGGUUCUGCUGAUAGUGCCAAGUACAUAUUCCAAAGUCUCCAGGAGGGCCAGACGUCCACCUCCCAUCAUUCAAGACCCUCCCGUCACAAGAGUCCCACCCAACUGACUAAAAGUCACGCGGUCGAUCAUCCGGUGAUGUUGUCGGAGUCCAACGCGUUGCUGGACGAUUCCACGACGUUUAUGGCGAACAUGUCGCAGGAUCCGGACGUUUCCGAUCUGUAUCCCGCAUCGUUUAUAUCGAACGGUUCGGGUGAGGUGAAGGACGAAGAGACCGACGGCGGGAUGAUGGAUCCGAAGGUCAGCGCCGUCUUGGAACAGUUGGGCAAUAAAAUCGUGAGGGUGAGGGAUUUGAUCAAGACCGAGCAGAAGUUGAGAGAUGAUAACGUAAACGAGUAUCUAAGAUGCGCGGCCAACGCGGAUAAACAGCAAGUGCAGCGCAUCAAGGCCGUCUUUGAGAAGAAGAAUCAGAAAUGCGCGCAGAUCAUUGCGCAACUUCAGCGGAAACUGGACACGUAUCAGAAGAGGGUGCACGACUUGGAGAAGGGGAUACACAGCCAUCGACCUCGUAGGGAAGUCUUACGCGAUAUGGGGCAAGGAUUAAAAAACGUCGGAGGGAAUAUUCGAGACGGCAUAACCGGUUUUAGCGGCUCAGUGAUGUCGAAGCCGAGGGAGUUCGCGCAUUUGAUCAAAAACAAGUUCGGCAGCGCGGAUAAUAUCAGUCAAUUGUCGACUUGGUACGUAGGGCCGUCCGCCAAUCAGACGACCGGAUCGGAGGGCAGCUGCGCGGACAAACAGGCGGCGCAGCAGCAGAAGCAGAGGGGCGGCGGCGCAGACGACGACGGGAGCGUCGAGACGCGCGACCGUCGAAAAGGGAGCGGCGGGGGCGCGAAACACGGCGGCAGCGCGACGUUGCCGAUGACCGCGUCGCAGAGCAGCAUGCAGGGGCGCACGCCCGGCCAAAGGAAGUUUCCCAGUGACGACGGGUCCGAGUGCGAGAGUAGCGUUACCAGUGACAGUAUUGGCAGGUACGCACGUACCCAAGACCCCAUCAUGAGAGACACAUUCGUCGAACUGGACAAGAAACUGAAAUACUUCCAAGAACAAUUGGACGGGUUCCGGGAGGCCUUAGACACCGUUAAGUCCCUACAAACCGAUAUUCAGAUUAACACGAUGGCCAUACAGGAAGAAAGAAUCCACGCGGAGCGGUUAGAAGAGCAAAUCAACGAUCUGACUGAACUGCACCAAAACGAAGUGGAAAACCUGAAACAAGCGAUGGCAGACAUGGAGGAAAAAGUGCAAUACCAAAGCGAGGAGCGAGUGAGGGAUAUUCACGAGAUGCUCGAGCAUUGUCAAACGAAAAUUCAAAAAAUGGAACAUCAAGCCCUCCAGCAGCAGCAAUACGUCAUGCUAGAAGGUCUGGACAACUCGAACGCGCGCGCCCUCGUUGUCAAACUUAUCAACGUCCUUUUAACGGUGUUGCAAGUGGUUCUUCUACUCGUAGCGACCGGGGCGGGCAUUAUAAUGCCAUUUCUACGUACCAGAGUGAGGAUAAUAACAACGGUGGUGUUCGUCGUAGCGAUAGUUUUCACGUUAAAACAGUGGCCAGAGGUGCGGGACAUUGGCGGUCACGUGGUAAAACGGCUCAAAGACACUUUGGAUCCGGUCCAAUAGCGAACGACCUCAACCCCACAGGUCCGGAAUUAUUUAUUUAUUAGUUUUCACUUUGGGAAAGUGAUCCACACAAAAAAAAAUUCCCCGUUUCGAGGUUUUAGGGUUUUAAAUGCGGUGACUGUGUGUGUUUUUAGUUUUAGUAAGAAAUUUGGCAGCUUUGGGAGGUAUUAUUGAAGAAACGAAAAUCAGUUUUUUUUUUGCGAUAAUUUGUGAUUUAGUGUGUAGAGUUCUUUAGGCCGACGCCACGGCAAUUUUUUAAGGUUUUAAAUAUUCAACAAUAUAGGGAAUUAUGGUUGUUAGUGGAAGUAGUUAAGGAGAUUAUUAACAGAGCGUAUUAUGUUUUGUUUUACGUUAAGUUCUCAAUGCUCAAUUAUUUUUUAAAUCCAGAAUUGGAAAAAAAGACCAAAAUAAUUUAGGUUUUUUUUUAUGUUGGGAGAUUUUGCAUUUGAAUUCGAUGUUUUUGGUAUAGUGUUAAGUUAAUAAGGUAUUUUAAAUUCCCCUUAUAGCAAGAUUUUUAUUCAAGAAGAGUUUAAAUUUAAAAUUCGACGUUUCGGCUUUGAGUGGCGAUCAUCAACUUUAUUUGGGUGGGACCUUUGAGGUCUCUACGAGUAUGUAUUAAUAACGGUAAUACUUUGGGGAUACAGUGGUGGCUAACUAAUUAGAAACAGUCUGAAUAAAUUAAUAAAAAUCAUAAAUCUUUUGUAAAUAAAAUUGUUUAUUCUUAAAUUUCUCGCCCAUUGUCGUAACUAACAUUUACCUUUAAUAUUACCAUAAAUUUAGUGUAUUUGUCAUACUUUUAAAAAAAAGUUAAUUUUUUAUACAAAUCGCUCCGUUUAUAGAAGAACGUCAUAAUCCAAAAAUUAAUAUUGGUCAAAAUAGCGGUUUAAAAAUGGUAUAAUGAUUUUUUACUCAUUUGUAACAAUUUAACCUUGCAGACAAAUUAAAUGCUUUUGUUAUGAUUUUAGACCUCAAAGUAUAGUGGUUAACAAGUGACAUGAGAUUUACACUUGAAUUGAGAAAUUUAUGAUUUAUGAACACUUGUGUCUUUCUUCUCCAAAAAAAAAGCAUUAUAACUUUAUCAUCAUAUAUCAUAUUGUGACUUUGUUUAAGAAAAAUAUUUAAACUUUUUUAAUAUUGUGACCCUGAAAUAAAUUUGAAAUAAAAAACAAUCUUUGUCUUUUUUUGUAUUAAGGAAGUACAAAACUUGUAAUAAGGAUACAAACAGUAAAUAGCAGUUCUUAUAGUAAAAAUCUGCAUAACAUGAUGGAAUGCCUGCAUCAUUUACUAAAUCUUCAAAAAGUCUGACCGCUUAUGUUCACUAAUUUUUAUUUUAGACUUGUAUGCAGGUUUAAGAAUUGCUUUGAUCGUCAUUUCCGAAAAUUCUUCCUGAGAAUACGACGUUUUAUAAAAAACUGUAAGUGGAUAAUUUUUUUCAAUUUUAAGAAUUCUGAUGUCGCUUAAUUUAUUUUGUCGAAAUUUCGAAAAGAAAUUUCCAAUCCUUCCAUUAAAAUCUUUUAAAUCAAAAAAAUCCUUAAAACUUAGCUCCUUUACUUGAAAAGGCUUACCACUUUUUUUUGCAGUUCGAAUUAAAGUUUUAUACUCGUUCGGUAAAUAUAUUGGGCUUGAUUUUAAGUAGCGCUUUACUUGCCGUUCUAUUACGGAAUGUGCACAAUCCCCCUCAUGUUGCGUAUGUCCCGUUACAAGGAAUUUAUGGCAUAUGGAUCUAAUAUUAGGAUAUUUACUUUUUACUUGUUUUUUUGCUGGCCAGCGCAACGUUCUUCCACAAAAUUAGGACCAAACGAGCAGUCUCUCUUGCGAAUUAAGUAAAAACUGUCGUUCUUCCGCAUAACCGAUCAGUUAAUCUGAUGAAGUGUAAAACGACACUUGUGCCAUCUGUCGGUAAUGUUAAAGUGCAAGUUGUUUCACAUAAAUAAUAGGUUAGAUUAUGAAUUGUUUUUAUAAUUUAUCUACAAAAUGCAGUUUUUUGAAAUAUGACGUUCUUCUAUAAACGGAGCGAAAUAUUGAAUUGGACAACUAAUUAGAAACCAAAGAAUUAUCAAUUUUAAAAAACUCUAAACCCUAAAUAAAUCAAUAUUUUGUAGCAAAUCCCUUAUUUUCAAUGACAGGUCUACAUCUCCUGGGCAUUGACUCCACCAGAUGUUGAUAUCUCGCUAGUGGUAUCGAUUUCCACGCCUGCUUUGCUUCUUCCGCCAGAUCUUUAAGGUUUUUAAUAUUUUUAUGUUCUAAAAGUUUUUUCAGGUCUCUCCAAAGAUUCUCAAUGGGAUUGAGAUCCGGACUACAUGAGGGCCAAACAAGUACAUCAACAUGGUUAUCGUCAAAUCAUUUUUUUACAGACUGAGCCGUGUGCUUGAGAUCAUUGUCUUGUUGCAAAACCCAAGACACCGGCAAAGUUUCAUCAGCAAACGGCAACAUGUGGUUCUCCAUAAUAUCUUUAUAUUUUUCUUGGUCAAGAAUACCGUCAAUUUUCACUAAUGGACCAACACCACCCCACGAAAAACAUCCCCAUAAUUUUAUAUUUCCACCUCCAUGUUUGACUGUGCUGGUUGUAUACUUCGGAUUAUUUUCCGCACCCCUUGGUCUUCUCACAAAUAUUCUACCAUCACUACCAAUGCUAUUUAUUUUUGUCUCAUCAGACCAUACCCUUAGCGUAAAAAUUAUUUUACGCAUUGACGGAUAACAAUUUUUUUUUCUACCCAUUUUAAACUGUGGAAGACACAAAGACAAGGCUUGUAGAUACAAAAAACACAAAUUGUUACCAGUACAAAGGUUUGAAAUGAACUAUACGCGCGUUUAUUUUCGUCGUUUCUAAGUAGAUGGCCAACUGUGUUAUCUAUAAAUUUUGUUUAUAUUCUGCAUUCCUUACAAAUUUCUUAGUGGAAUGUCUAUAAAUAAAUUAUAUAUUGCUGUUGUGAUGAACAAUCAAAAUAUUACAACAAGUUGGUUUUAAUUUAUUUUAAAGAACUGAAACAUUGAAUAAAGUAUUUUUUUAAAAUCGUUUCUAAUUAGUUGGCCACCACUGUAUACCCUUCUUUGUCUUAUAAAUGUAAAUCUGUCUUUCUUUAAUACAUUCUUAUAAAAAUAGAAUAAAAAUGCAUUUCCUAGGAGAAAUUUGGUAAAAAAAAUAAUACAAAAUUAAAUUUAAUUACACUGCUCGAAAAUAAACUCAAACAAUAAAAAAAAGUAGUUAAAGUAUACUGUCUGAUAAAAACUUCAGCGAUCUUGGAUUUUUUUUAGCAGUAUAACUGUAUCUCAAUUGCUUUGAAGAAGGAAAACUCCCAGACCGUUAAAAAAAGUUGAACUACUGCUUCACAAUUUUUUUUUUAAUUUCUAUUUUAAGCAGUAUAAUUGAACUUCAAAAAAACACAAUUGCCUUGAAAAAAAAUUAAUUACACUGCUCAAAACAAAUCACAAACAGAAAAAAAUAGAUAAAGUACACUGCUUCACCAAAGGUUCUCUUUUGAACAGAAUAAGUAAUUUUUUUGUAUUCCAAGUAAUCAACCUGUUUUUAGCGGCCACGGAGUUUUUUUUGAGUAGUAUAAAUAACCCUCAAUAAAAAAGAUAAGAGACCCAGAGGGUUAAAAAGAACAAGACAGUGAAAAUAAGUGUAACUACACUGCUUGGCAAAUAAAAAUUAAGGUAAAACUUCUGCUAAAAAAAAAUUAAAACAUUUUCGGGUAAAGAACAAAGAAAGGUAUUUGUUUUACAAAUUAUAUCAACAAUUACAAACAAGUCUUUCAAAUAAUUAUUUAUGUUUUUAAUAAAAGUAAGACUUGGGCAAAUAAUUUUUUGUGUAAUUCAAUUUUAUUUAUUUGCUACAUUACUGAAUUUAUUUUAUUAUCUGUCAAUAUUUCAAUAAUUGAAGACACAAGAUGCACUUGAGGAUUUAUGUAACAAAAACAACUUUUUGCGCAAACUGAAUUUAAUGUUUUUUAAUCAGAACUUUUUAAUUAAUGAACUUAUAAAUGAUAGAAUAAUGACAAUUAAAUUAAUCUUUUUAAUUUAAAUAAAUCACCAAUUACUUUAAAAACACUUUAUUAUAUUAAAACAAAGUGCCGGCUUACAAUUCAAUCUUGAACUGACUCGCUUAUGUGAAAAAUGCAACAUUAGCAAAUUCUGGAGCCUGGGGGUCAUAUCGACGACCACGACUUUAUAUAAGAAACGAGAACACCGCGACUGUCCAGGCGAUAAGGCAAUUUGGAAUGACGUAAGCUAACAUAAAUAUAAAAUUUUUAAAGUUUUAGACCCUAAGGCUACAAUGUGUACUAGUCUUAACAAAUAAUGCAUAUUACAUUAUCAAAGGAAGCUAUGAACUUCUAAAAGUACAUGAAUCAUUCAUUCCCUAGGUAAGUUUAAAAAAAAAAUAUACAAAAUGCAUAAAGGGUACAAGGUAUAACAAAACUUGGACAAAUAAAUUCAAAUCAAAUAUUUUAUUUUUAUCAUUUACAAGAAUAUGCUUAUAAAUGCUAAGAAAUCCUAAUUAAUUCUUCUUUUCUUAAUUUUUCUUGUCUGCUCGACUUCUGCGCUUUCAUUAUUGUCGUCAUUAUCUUCAUUUUCCCAUAAACGAGAUUAGAAAUGUUAUAAGUUUCUUCUAUAAAGCAAAGUUGUUGUUUUAGGUUCUUUAUUUUUUCUUCCGAUAAGGUUUUUUUUUUUGUUUGAUAUUAUUUCCAAUUUAUAUUCAUUUACUGAAUUUGUCCUGGCAUUUUUAAUUAUAUCGACUUUUAGGAAAGGUGCGUUUGGGUCCAAUGAGAUUUUGUAAUAGUAUUCGCCAUAGCUUUCCACGCAUAUCCAUUUAAUAUCAUCUCUAAAAUUUAUUUUGUCUCCACAACAAUUUUUUUUUCUGUUAAACAAGUUCAAUUUAUUUUCUAUCUUAGGAAUAUUUUUAAAAUGAUCGGUCAUGUUAAUAACAGAGUUUUUCUUACUUGCUUCUUUUUUAACAUCUCUGUAUUGGUCUGCAGAGAAUAUUCUCUCAAUUUUUCGUAAUUUUUUUUCAAUAAUUCCAAAAUCUCUAUCCGAAUCCAAGAAAGAGUGUCCCACCUCUGGAAAUUUAUGGUCUAUAACUUUGACAUAUCCUUUUAAAAUUAGAUAUUGAUAUAGGCAUAUUAGGUUACAAUUUUUGUUCUGCCCAGCACAAGAAUCGGACCAGAUCAGAAGGUGUUUUAUGUCCUUGUUUCUAUUUGUUAAAAGUUGAACAAAUGUGUGCAAGCUAUUGCCAACUUCAAGGCUGCCCUUUGUUGCUAUAUCUUCGGUCCAAUUAAAAAAAUAGGCCUUAUCACUGUCCGAUGUUAUUGUGUGGAUUCCAAGGUUAUAGAACCACAUCUGCCUUAAAUAAAAUGAUUUGGAAGUGGUAAGUCGUGGUAAAGGCAUAGUUUGCUGUAAAUCCAUAGUCAAAUAGCAGAGUUCAUUAUUCUCAAGGGCCCUCUUUCUAUCGAAUCUUUGCUGCUCAAAAGCAAAUUUAAAAUUUUCUGUAUGGAUUUCAUUUCCUAAAUUGGCAUCGCAGGUACUGCAUGUAUCACUCCUGGGUUGUCCAAAGGAAAAAUUAAAUUCCGUUGAAAAAAGGUGUGUAGAAAAACUUUUUGAUACCAAAAACCGUUUAUGCAUAUUAGUUUUUUGAACAUAUUCUUGAUACAGCUUAUGCAUUUUUGUUAUAUUUAAUACCGGAGACAGAUACAUCUUAUUGGCAUUUUUGUUUCGUGAAUAGUGAGAUUGUUCUGCAGGAAAAGAGAGAAUGUGUUUUUUUACAGCAUCAACCAUAUCUUCUUCUAUUUUAUUUGGUCUAAAAAGAUGACGACCCCUUUUAUCUGGUGAUGGUGCUGUUGUCCCUGAUUUCAGUUGAUUUUGAAUAAGUUGUACUUUGUUAUAUGAAAUCGGAUAAAGGGAAACAAAGGCAGUUUUACAAACGGUUUUGGUAUGCUUGUUGCAGGUUAUUGUGUACCUAAAUGUGUAUGAUUUUCCUUUUGUUUGAUGUUUUUUCUAUGCCGAUUAACAGGCGCAAUCGAAACAGAUUUAAAAAGGAGCGAGUUUUUCGCAUUUUGAUCUAAUGAGUAAAAUUUUUUAAAUAUUUUUACCCGAUCAUCCUUGUCAAAUUGAUUUUCACAAUUUUUUUUCCGAUUUUGCUUUUUGCAUAAAGAUCCUAAUUCGGGACUUUUGUUUGGCAUUUCUUUUUUACUUUUUAAUGAAAUGUAAGUCUCGCCUCUCUGUCUUGCCGAAGCAGUCCUAUUUUUUUCCAUGUUUCAGGACGACGCUUUUUGAUUUUUUAUUUUUUUCUGGCAAAUCAAAUACCUUCCUCUUGGCUUUGUUUACCCUAGACUCCAAAAUACUGUCUUGUCUUUCUUGAUAGUUGUCUGAGAAGCAUCUUCUGCUGUGACAUGUAAAGUUUUAGGGUUACUUUCAUUUUCAUCCUCAUCUUCAAAACUUUCACUUGAUUCGGUACUGUCGGGAUUAUAGUCGUCCGAAGUAUCUUCUGUAGAAAAUGCUUUAUCUCCGGAGAGAGAAUCUAAAAUUUUUUAGCUAUUUAGAAUUUAUGACUAAAUUGCAUUUUAAAUUAGAUAUUUGCCGUUAAAUAAUAUAUCUUGUACUUCUGGUGGAGAUAUAAUCUGUGUACGUUUCUCAUAUUCCAUGUUCCUGAUACUAGGUGGAGUUUUAUCUUGUGCUGGUAAAACUUCUUCGACCUCUACAAACAUAAAGCUUUUUAAGUUUAUUAUCACUUUAGAUAUGGGUAUCAUAUAAAUUAACACUCAUACCUAGGCUCUGAUGUUUUAGUUUUGUUUUUUUUUUAUUUUCACGUAAUAAAUUAACGUUUUUAUUUUUAAUGGGGUAACUAAAUAUUUUUUUCCUCAUGGACCUACAGUUUGCGGUGGGUUCCGAACUACAAUGGACUCGCUUCUAAUAAGCCGACCGCCCAAGUUAGGUAUUUUUGUGUUAAGGUAAGCAUUUAAAAAAAAACAUACCAUCUGCAAUAAUCAUCUCAUGUUCUUUAUUUUCUUGUUCUUGCAAAUCAAAAUUUGGAAUAUUUUCAGUUUCCCUCGUUUCGCUCCUACUUAAUAAGCCUUGUGUAUUCUUAUCGGAUUGUUCUAAAAUAAUUUAAACAAUAAAUACAUUCCUUUAGGCAUUUUUAAGGCCACCGGUAAGAUUGUAACCUCAAAUUGUGAAUAAAACACAUAUUUUUCCAACAAAGAUAAAUUAUGUGGAUUUAACAUACCUUCAAACUGUUUUUGACCUAAGUUAACUAGACGUCUACUUCUUGCCGACAUGUUCACAACUUAUUUCACUAUAUUCACAACAGCAAUACGCACAGCAGGAAGAAAAAUAUGUGAAAUGGAAAUGAAAAAGGAUAGUAUAAACAAAAACAUCUUAACUUCAGGGAUCUAUGUAAUAUGAAAUGUCAACGCAAAACAUUUUGCAUCAGGCAUAAAAGAUCUAUGUACCACAUUGAUCCUUCAUGCAUUUUUGUAAUAGAAUAUUAUUUGGUACAUAAAUCCUUUAUGCCCUAGUAUAUUUGUUGCUAAAACAUUUUUAGGUCAAAUUAUCCUUUAAUUUAAAUUUUGAGGUUAAAUCAACCCCAUUUAACGUAAAAACUCGAUUUAAAAAAAAAUGUUACAUAGAUCCUAUGCACUUGUGUCUUCAAUUGUCUUAUUAUUAGGAUCUGUUUCCUAUUGGACAAUAAAAUUUGAAUUUAAAAGUUCUUGUUUGCUUUGCAAAAAUUUGUUAAUUGCUUUGUUAAAAUUGCACUGUUUAGGUUUUUGGAAAAAAAAAGUCCUUGAUUGCAAAAGUCUCCGUCUAGAAUUUAAUUUUUUUAUGAGUAGUGUAAGUCGAUUUUUUUCUCCCAGGCAAUCAAGAACUUUUUUAAAAAAAGUAAAAUUUUCCAGAUAAAAAAAAUUACUUCUUAAAAAUUCAUUGCUAAAAGGUUAAAUUACACUACUUGGAAAAAAAAAACAUAUUUUCUUUAAAGUUGAUACACACAAUGAAUAUAUGAGUGAGUUUGUGUUUUUGACUCAAAAAAAAAAUUAGCUUAAUAAAAUAAAAAUGUUAAUCAGUCACACUUAGUUGUAACGUUGUAUUUUCAAUUUAUAUAAACGCAAGAGAAAAAAUUGAGAAGAAUUUGUCAAUGUUUUGGUAUAAUUUCGGGUUAUUUCAAAUAAGUAUCCCCUUUUGGAUAAGAUCCUAAUUUAGGACAUAUUAAAUGUGCUUAAAAUUAAAAAAAUAAAUAAAUUUGGGCAUUUUUUAUGAAGGGUUGGGUCACUUUUACUUAAAAAACUACUUUAGAAAGAGAGAAUUCACGAAUUUAAAAAAAAAAAGAAAAAAAGUUAAAUGCAUCUAGUUCAAGGCAAAAUCCCAAAUAUUUUAAAAUUUCGAUAGUUCAAAACCGUUUUAACAAAAUACUUGUUUUAAAGUAUGCUGAGCCCGCUCCGUUUUCGGGAGCAUCGUCUGUAUUAAAACAAAAUUUAAAAAACCCUACGGAACUACAGAAAUUAUUUAUGAGAAAAAAAAUAAUCAAAGAUAAGGAAUAUUUCAUGUUUAAUUAAUAGAAAUUAUUAUUAUUAAACUAAUAAGUAGGAUAUUUGAGUGUUGUGGCUUAAUUCGUGCAAGAGGAGAUCAAUUUAUCGGCCACCCUGUACAGUUUAUUUAGAUAAUUAAGAUAUUUAUUGUCCGAGAGAUAUUAUUUAAAAACAAAAAAGAAAGAAAUGAACAAAAAAUGCUUCUGACUGAUUUUUUACAGUCGUACAUGUGAUUGUUUUAGCUUGUAGGUGUAACCGGUACACUUUUGGCAAUCGUCCAUUUAUUAAAAUGUUUAGGACAUUUUUGCUUCUUUUUUUUUAGUUUGUUUAGGCAAAUUUACAAAAUUGUAAAAUAAUUAAGUUCCAUUUGUGGUUUAGCGUCCUUGCUUUUUACACAAUAGGGCGAUUUUAAUUUGUUUAGCGACGUUUCACUUUAUUUAGGCCUGAAGAUCUUGUAACAAAAUCGCGAAACGUUGCUAAGCCUCAUUAGCUAUUUUCCUAUUGUAUAAAAUGAUUAUUUAUUAAUUGUACCAUGACACGGACGUUAAAACCCUUAAAAGGAAUAAGCUCAUCUAAAAUAGAAAAAAAAAGUGUUAGUAACUAAAUAUUAGCUUAUUUUUUUAUGUUUACUUAUAAAAUGGGUAUACAGGUUGUUCUCAGUAGUACACUAAUGUAUACUCAUUUUAUAGUCCAUAUGAUAAUUGAGUUUGAAGGAUUUUCUUUAAGAUAAUAUAAUUUAAGCUUCGUUUUUAUGAGCAAGUGAUAAUUUAUUGUAAUCGUAGAGUGGUUAUUUUAUAUCUAUAAACAUUUGUAUUUUUGUCUAUUUAAAUAAAAGUUUUAUUUUUACUGUAAA